CACUGCCUGCUCUGGAGCCUCUGUGUCAUCCUCUCAGCUGCCUAAAGAACUGAAAUGGGAACUGUCAAGUUUCUUAUUUCUGACCUCCAAAACACCUUUUUUUUUUUUUAUUGAUGCUUAUCCAGCAAGACCCAACGACCCAGUAGUUUAAAGAUUAACCAAACUACAGGGUCCAGAUUCCCUUCCCCUUGGCAAAGACAAACAAAUCCAUGAUUUAAUGUAAUUUAAAGUAAAAAAAAAAAGAGUUAUAUAAUUUAAAACAUAACUACUUAAAGUUGAAUUUUCUUGCUUAAGCGAACAAGCCAUAUUGUAUAGGUAAAAAUAAGGCUGGAUAAAAGUCUGUAUACGGUUCUGGGUGGUUUUCUCACAUUUUAUUCACACUUUGAAUCUGGUGCCUCACUGACAUGGUGAUGAGGUUUAAGCCAUUGCUACUUACAAUGCAUGUGUGGACAAACGCAAACUACUUUUAUAGAAACAACCUCUUCAUUGUCUUGCUGUUCAUAACUGGAGUGGUUUUCCAGUGUGAUUUCUGCUUGACUGUGCACUGGCUGUUAUUUACUCUAUGAAAGACUAUUUCUGUACCUCAUUACAUCACCACCACCAACAGAAACUGAAAGCUCUGCAAGCCUCUCUAGGCUGAGAGAACUGCAGGAGACUUCUCUCUCUCUUUUUUCCUUUUCUGACGGAGAUUUUGCUCUUCUCAAAGUAAGGAGAGGCAGAAAAAUGGAUAAGUUACAGAAGGCAGUGGAUUUCUGCAUCCGCCACCAGACCACACUGAGUUACAGCAUCGUGUCCCUGCUGACGGCUGCCAUCGAGCGCAUCUUCUCAUCUGUGAUGUUCAAGUGUCCCUGCAACUCUGGGAAUAUGCUGUAUGGUUUCUCCUUCCUCUUAGCACCUGCCUUCAUCCUCUUGCUGCUGGGCUACAUGGUGAAUACCAGGUCAUGGCGCCUGUUUACAGGCACGUGCUGUCCGGAGAAUAAGCCCAAAUGCUGUUCCUGGCAGGCCUGUGCCCAUUUCUGCCAGCUGCUGGUGCCGAUGACAGCCAAAGCCUUGGUGGCCCCGCUGACCUGGAUAGCGGUGGCCCUGCUUGGAGCCAACUUCUAUGAGUGUGGGGCCAGCGGGAGCAACCUGACACUGAGCCGCUUCUGUAAAAAUAAAGGAAAUUACUGCCAAGAAGAGCUGUACAAAAUGCCCUGUGAUAAGGAGUUAUCAGCAAAGAUAUCAAGCGAAUGGCUCAGCCUUCAAGCACAGUCCCAGCUGAUGGGAUGGUUCCUGAUAGCCAGCAUCAUGACUGUGGCACUGAUUUCAACAUGUAUCACCCACUGCUGCUCCCCUGUCAGUUAUCUUCAGCUCAAGUUCUGGAAAAUUUACUCAAAAAAAGAACAUGAACUCUUUAAGGUCAAAGCCAAAGAGCAUGCAACCAAUCUAGCAGAAAGAAAUACAGAUUGCUUUUUUGAAGCCACUGACCCAGCAUCAUUUCCUACUCCCAGCAAUGAAGACUGGCAGAAGAUUUCAAUCUUGUAUACCUUUAAUUCACAAGAGCAGUAUUACAGCACGUUACACAAGUACGUGAGUACCAACAGAGGCAAGAGCGCCAAAUUCAAGGAAGAAGGCCAGCAUCUCACUGUUUUAGAAUUUGUGGAUGAAGCCCAGGCAAGCAUAUGAGGGUUGUAAUGAAACAAAUCCUUUGCAGUGCUGGCAGUCUUUUAGCCCUACUGAUAUAAGAAGAGUCUUGUUCUCUGCUCUUACUGAAAUCUAUGCAAACUGCAAGUGAAAGCUGAUAGUUGCAAUCCUCAAUAGAUUUGCUUUCAAAUACAUUUUAAUCCUUUUGCUUAAGUACAUUUAAAAGGCAGUUUUCCUGUGUUGUUGUCUAUUAAGAAAAGUUGUUUGUAAAAUAAUCACUAUCCACAAAGAUGUCAGCACGUAUUAUGUCAGAUUAUUACCGAUGCCGUAAGAGCACUUGCCAGGAGGAGUGACAAUACCAAACCUUAUCAAAGAGACAAAGACAGAAAUGGACGAUUUGAUCAGAAAUUCCGCUCAGUUUAUUAGCUCUCUCUUUAAAAUUAAGCUUUCAGUGAAGCUUAGAGCAAGCUGUAGAUUAAAAAAUUUAGCUUGUCUUGAGGGUUUAGGCUCAUGCAUAACAUAGCAGUGUAGAUGAAGCUUAUAUAUUAACAAGCACAUUAAAAGCACAUUCCUAUAUUUAGGGACAUGAAAAAUCUGCAAUCUAUACUAGCAAGUAGCAAUAUUCUUAUCACACAGGAUCUUAUUAUGAGAAAUGAAGAUACAAAUCUUAAGUGAAGAAUAAUAAAGUUCACCUUUCUCCUGAAAA